AUGAGCGCGAGCUCGAGGGCGGCCAGUUUUGGCAUGCCAAAUCGGAGCGCGGGAGGAAUUUUAGCUCGGUCAGGCCCGCGCGCGGCCACGAGACCCAGCCGCGGGAGGAUUAGCAGGCCAUUCGCUCGUCCCCGCCUCUGCUCCUUCCACCGGUCCUCCUCCUCUGCUCCUCCCGAUGGUCCUCCUCCUCUGCUCCUCCCACCGGUCCUGCUCCUCCCCUGCUCGUCCAAGCUCGUCCCCGACUCGCGCACCGUCGGUCCUGCUCGUCUUCGACUACAACCCCUCCCCGUCGGCCACCCAAAGUCCCCAAGGAUGUCGACAGAACAAGGUGUUGCUACAGGAACUCUUGAAUUUGAAGUUGAAUGUAGGAUGUCAACAGGAACUGAGGCAACUAAUCUCUUGAAAAGGAACUCAGAUGAUGUUGGAUGGGAAUAUGGUGUUCUUGUUGAUGCUAGCAACAAGGACAAGGUGAAGUGCAAGCUCUGUGAUAAGGAGAUGAGAGGAGGGAUUCAUAGGUUGAAGGAGCAUUUGGCUCAUGAAGGAAAGAAUCAACAUCAGCUGAACAAGGAACUUUGGAAAGAAAGAACCAAUGAUGUGCAUAAGUACAUUGCAAGAUGGGCCUAUACACAUGGAAUUGCUUUCAAUGCAUGUGAUAAUGAUGAGUUCAAGAAGAGAAGCAUAAUGAAUCUGUGCACCAAUUUUGCUGAUGGAACCUCCUUCAUCAGCUCUAAGGAGAUGUCACAUAUCUCACAUACCGGUGAGGUCAUCUUUGAUCUUGUGGACAAAGCAAUUGAAGAGAUUGGUCCAGACAAUGUGGUGCAAGUAGUGACUGACAAUGCCUCUAACAACAUGGGAGCAAAGAGGCUAUUGGAAGAGAAGAGACCACACAUAUUUUGGACCUCUUGUGCAGCUCACACAAUCAACCUUAUGCUCCAAGGAAUUGGCAGCAUGACUCAGUUCAAGAAAGUGGUUGACCAAGCAAAGGCAUUUACCAUAUUUGUCUAUGGCCACACAAGGACAUUGGAGUGCUUGAGAUACUUCAUAGAGGGGAAAGAGGUAGUGAGGCCAGGAGUGACUAGGUUUGCUUCAAACUUUCUCACUUUGAGUAGCAUGCAAGAGAAGAAGGACCAGUUAAGGAAGAUGGUGGUUCAUAGUAGGUGGGACUCAUUGAAGGAUGUGAAAUCAAAGAAAGGAAAAGAGGCAACAGCAACUAUAUUGAGUCCAAGCUUUUGGAAGGAUGUGAAGCUAACAUUGACUGUUUUUGAGCCAUUGGUCAAAGUCCUCCGUUUGGUUAAUGGGGAUGUGAGGACAUCCAUGGGUUUCCUUUAUGGAGAACUACUAAAGGCAAAGAGACAGAUCAAAGAGGCCUUUGGAAAUGUUGAGGCUCGGUUCAAGGAUGUAAUAGCUGUUAUUGACAAGAAGAUGAAUGGAAGACUUGAUUCUCCAUUGCAUUUGAUAGCCUAUUUGCUGAAUCCUGACUAUAGCUAUAGUGACCCAUCAAUCUUUGAUCAGCCCAAAAUAUCAGAAGGGUUUAUAGCUUGUGUUGAGAAAUUUUAUUAUCAUGAUGAGGACAUGCAGCAUCAGGCUGCCAACAUUGAACUAAAGAAGUUUCAGAAUAGAGAAGGACCCUUUAGCAAGAAACUUGCUAGGACUUUUGAAAACUUUGAUUACAACCCAGCAUCAUGGUGGAGACUGUAUGGAUAUGAAACACCAGCUUUACAGAAGAUGGCUACAAGGAUCCUAUCUUUGACAUCAAGCACUUCUGGUUGUGAAAGAAAUUGGACUGGGUUUGAAGGGAUACACACUAAGAAGAGGAAUAGGCUUACUACAACCCGCCUCAACAAGCUGGUGUAUAUCCAAUUCAACUCCAAGCUACUUAGUAAGAGACAAAAGAUCAAGUCAAAUAAAAUCAUUGACGUUCUCUUGUCUAGUGAUACAACUGAAGCUCAAGAUUUUCUCCAAGAGGGUGGGGAUGAUUGUGCAUUAGUUGACUUUAGAGAUGGGGAGGAAGAUGAGAUGGAAGGUAUAGGGAUACCUUGGUCUGUCAUUGGAGAGGCAGUGGGAGCAGAUGAGCAGCUUCAACUGCGUAGAAGUGCAAGAGUGAGGGAGCUCUAUGAAGGAGAAGAUUUUGAGUCUGAAGAAGAAGAGUAUGACGAUGAGGAUGUGUACUACAGUGAAGAAGAAAUAUGA